AGUUUAUUUCUAUCCUAUUUUUGAAAAAAGUCUAAUAUUACUUCAAAAUGAGUUUAAAAUUACAUCUUUUUGCAAUUAUACUCAAGAAAAAAUAUAUCACUCGUUGUUUUGGAUUCCGUGUACUUUUAGAAAUUUUUUGCUGUGUACAAUAAUUUAUACACAUGUGAUUUUUUUUUAACCGUGUAAAUGCAUGUAUGUGUGCAUGAUCAAUGCACGGGGGAAGCGAUAAAGCCUUUUUGUUCUCGUUUCAAUAGUGGUGUUUGUUUUUCUGUAAUUUACCGUCAAUUGAAAAUAAAUACAUUUGAAACGGUAAAUACUCCUAAUUCUUUUACAGAUUAUUGGGAGCUCAUAAUUAUACAAAAAGCCGCCAAAAACAUAUUAAACGUUUGAAUAUUUUCGAACAACGAAUCAAAGCAAUCCAUGUAACGCAGCGAAUGCCAAGAAAAUAACCUUGUAAACUCGUAAUUCAAAAUGGACGCCGUUCGAGCACAGCACGAUAUUACUCUACUGUGUGAAUCUCGCCCUUGGAACGAACACCAACUGGCAUCGGUUACUUCCAACUGUUGCAUCGAAGGGGUUUCAUUGGAUAGUUUACCUUUCUCUUCUGCUAACAUUGUUUCCGUGCUAGAUAUGGCGCAACAUGAGCCGGAAGAGCUGAACCACUCGGUCCUCAAGGAACAGCGUUAUAAUAUCAUACAAAGUAAACUGAAUUUGGAAGAAAAACGAGGACCCAAAUACCGCUGCCUGGAGUGCACUUUCACUUUGCCGACCAGGCUCAGUAUGGUGACCCAUAUGAAAGGACACCUGAAACCGUUUUGUGAAGUGUGCUUCGAAACACUUAAAUCUAAAGAUGCUGUGCAUCGCCAUAUGACUGUUACUCAUCCCGAGGUGGUAGCUCGUGACUGUACUACUCCGCCGAUGAAAGACUAUUAUUACCUACAGACGAUAGUUCCGCCCAAUACGCCGAAUACUGCCAUUCCAGAUGAUGAAAUGACAGUUAUUAAUGGCUUGGUUAACCCCAUCAUCAAAGUACCCGUUAAUCCCAUAGGGGCACAGAAGUUUUUCGGGCCAGAUGACACAGAUGGAGUUAGCACCGAAGAUGAACAUCGUUUAGUUAUCGAUGAUGCUCCUCGUCCAAAAUCCAAUCGAGCUAAAUCGAAGAAAAAGAACGCCACUAAACAGACAAGAAAAUUGAAACCAAGCCCUAGUAUUAAGAAUCAACUUAAAUCCAGGGUAAAUACCAUGGAAACAAACGAUAAUAUUCUUAAGAUAACUUCGAGAUUUGGACGUUCGAUUAGUCUUAAGGUUCCUCAAUACUAAUUAUUAAGAUGUUAAGAAAUUUCACUUUUUUUCUGCAUUGAUUAAAAAACAAAUUUUGUUGAUUGGGUUUGUUGAAAUAAAAUAUUUUGGGUUACACAACCAUACACAACAUUUAAAACUAA